GGUGUAAACUCAAUCCGUGUAUUUGUCGAUCUACUGCCCUCUCUGCUUGCAUAUUUACUGCACCACUCCUCUCUUUCCAUACUUGGCAAUGCCGUUCUCGCUCCUUCGCCAUUGGCUGCUGUCGAGAAAGCCCAGAGUGACCCGGACAUGCUACCGGGGCCUGUUUUCUGACAGCAGCCUCCUUCCUGUAGCCCGGUUGAGGAAGUGAAUUUCGCUGACAGGGCUGGGUUCAGUGAGGGAGAGGCGAACAAAACAUCAUCCGCGGGGGACUUAAGAUACAACAAAACAACAAGAGACGAGAGGAGCCGCUUUUUGAAACAUUUUAAAGCUAAGGUGUACAUCCAUCGGUGAAAUCGUGCUCCCCUGCCCCGCCGAGAACGCCACAGACCGCCGCAAACAUGAAUGAGCAGCAGCUGGACUGUGCCCUGGACCUGAUGAGGCGUCUGCCUCCUCAGCAGAUCGAGAAGAACCUCAGUGACCUCAUUGACCUGGUGCCCAGUCUGUGUGAGGACCUCCUCUCCUCUGUGGACCAGCCCCUGAAGAUCGCCAGGGACAAGAUUGUGGGCAAGGACUAUCUGCUCUGUGAUUACAACAGAGACGGCGACUCCUACAGAUCCCCGUGGAGUAAUAAGUAUGAACCUCCCAUUGAAGACGGUGCAAUGCCUUCAGCUCGCCUGAGGAAACUUGAGGUUGAAGCCAAUAACGCCUUUGAUCAGUACAGAGACCUGUAUUUUGAGGGUGGUGUGUCCUCUGUGUACCUCUGGGACUUGGAUCAUGGCUUUGCUGGAGUUAUUCUCAUUAAGAAGGCUGGGGACGGAUCCAAGAAGAUCAAAGGGUGCUGGGACUCUAUCCAUGUGGUGGAGGUGCAGGAGAAGUCCAGCGGUCGCACUGCUCACUACAAACUCACCUCCACCGUCAUGCUGUGGCUCCAGACAACCAAGACCGGCUCCGGCACCAUGAACCUGGGUGGUAGCCUCACAAGACAGAUGGAAAAAGAUGAGUCGGUUGGAGAGAACAACCCCCACAUCGCUAACAUUGGCCGCCUUGUUGAAGAUAUGGAGAACAAGAUUCGCUCCACACUGAAUGAAAUCUACUUUGGCAAGACCAAGGACAUUGUCAACGGCCUAAGGAGUGUUCAGACUCUGGCUGACAAGUCGAGGCAGGAAGCUCUGAAGAUCAACCUGGUGGAGGCACUCAAACGCAAACAUAACAGCUAGAGAUGCUACUGUUGUUUUUUCUUCUGUCUCUAUCUCUCUCUCUCUUGCUCUCUCACUCUCUCCGCCUCAUCUCUGCCAUCUUUUCUCUGUUUCUUUACGUCUCUCCCUCCAUGCCUGUUUCAGUGCUGCACUCUUGUUCAUUUGUGGAAAAACAUAAAAGGAGAAAAUGCUUAGCUUUUUAUUUGUUCUUUUUGUUUUGUUUUCCUGUCAGAUUUUUGUUUUCAUGCAUCUCAUCUGCCAUGAAGCCAUUCACUCACCCGCUCCCUCAGUCUUCUCUUCACCUCUCUUCUCUCUGUCUCUUCUCUCCCAUGUUAUGAAUAUAAUGAUAGUAUUACCACGGUUAAUGAUAAUCUUGCAGUGUGAGGGUCAUUGUAGUAAUAAUCCCUGAUGUUCUCACAGCUAAUGUGUCCUCGGUCGGUUUCAAACGAGUGACUAUGGCCCCACUUUUCCUCAGUGACGAGGAAACAGACACAGACUCUCCAGUAGGUGGCGUAGGCUGGGCGGGGCUGUCAUUAUUAUGUACAUCAAAUUUAAUUCUUGCACCUAUUUUUGUCUACAACACCCCCAUGAUAUAUUGUAUAAAAAUAUUACUGUCCGUGUAUAACUGUCAUUCUUCUGGGCGAUGCAAACAGUGUGAACAGGAGGGCGGCCUUCUGUUUGUGGUUUUACUCUUUACUCCACUGUCCACAUGCAUGUGCGCCUGUGUGGGAGCAUGGGGCUUCAGUGAGUGGAAAUGUAGACUUAUCAAACAUGGGGAUGGACUGUUAUAAUCACCGGGGGAUUGCACCCACCUUGUCAACCCCACCCCCUACACUGUGUAUGAAAUGACAAUAAGCCUCCCCUCUGUUCUGCUAAUUCAACCUUUCUCUCUCCUCACCUACUACGGUCUUUGUUGGGGGUCACGGUUUGUCUUUGUGUCUCAGUGGAAACAUACGUCUGUUUCCAUUUGGAGGGGAAUCUUUUGUCGUAUUUUUGUUUUGUUUUUAUUUGUAACGCUUAUGAUUCAUAUUGUAUUAGAGCCUCCAGCAACAAUAAAAAACAGUAAAAAGCUAA